AGGUGGGGUAGUAAGUUACUACUCAACCAACUGAUAGUGUAGUUAGCUAUGCUGGUGUUGCCACUGGGACAAACAAUCCUGUUGCCCCUUCUGGAUCCCUCUCUCAUCUGCUGCUGUUGCUGCUACUGCACUGCUUCCGUCGCGGCUGUUGUGGUGCGGGAUUUCCAUACCCUUCCUUGGAUUCGGUUUCUUCGUUGCGUGUUCUGAUUUCCACUGGCCGGCUCGGAUUCUCGGAGCGGAUUCGCUCGCUGAGUCUGGGAGUGAGCGGUGCAGUUGACAGUUCCUCGUCCUGGAAAUAUAGAUUCAUUGUAUUAUUAUUAUUAUUAUUUAAAAAUACAAGAUUAAAUUGUUAUUAUAUUUGGGGUUUGUGUUUUUUCGGGCGGUCCGAGAGUUGGAGCCAGCAUCUAAUGGUAUUGGUUUCUGAAGUGGUGCCCCGGAUGUUUGAUGCUGGGGUGUGAGUGGUGAAAAGCAGUUGGAUUUUCCAUUAAACGCGAAACUGCGUUGGAGUUGGAGCAGUUUUUCUGUUUCGUUACCAUUUUUGAGUUUGUCGGUUAUUUUGUCGUUGAGGAGAGGAUUUUUGGACGUUUUAGGUCAUAUUAUCUGUAGUGGAGGUGUUGUGGAUGUAGUGUGGUAGUAGUGGGGGUGAGAUGGAGGAGAUCGCUGCUUGAGAGAGGCCAGAUUGUGAAGGUAGAGUUGCUCAGUGUUUUCCUUUCUCACUUCGGAACACAUUGAGUGUUAAGUGGAUUAAGUGAGCGAAAAUGCCAGCUUCAGCAACAUGGGCUCGGCCGGAAGAUCUUGUGGAGAGCUUGAGCUCUUUGGACAACACGGCCAGGCUCAAGGCACUGCGGGAUGUGAAAAAUCAAAUAAUCGGAAAUAAGACCAAAAAACUUUCCUACAUAAAGUUGGGGGCCGUACCGCGGGUUGUAGAGAUUUUGGCCAGCGACACAGAGAUUCCGCUGUUAGUGCAGUCAGCUGCCGCCGUGGGAAGCUUCGCCUGUGGGAUUGAUGCGGGAGUUAGAGCUGUUCUAGAUAGCGGCGUUUUGCCACACUUGCUAAAAAUGCUGCAGAAUGGGGACACGAAGGUUGCGGAAACUUGUGCUCGCGCACUGAAGAUGAUCUUUCACUCACCAUUGGCUCCAAAGAGCGACAUGUUUCAAGGACAUCGCAUGGAACUGCUUCUGCAGCUUCUGAAUCAUGAUAAUGAGAAUGUAUCAGAAGUCGCUGCUCGUGUUCUUGCUAGGUGUUGUGAAUCUAAGGAGCACCAGCAAGCUCUAGCGGACGCUGGCGGUCUUCAGAGUCUUGUUAGCCUAUUGGCAGGGUCUACUAAGAUUCGAGAAGCCGCUCUAGAUGCCUUGGCAGCGUUAACGAAAAAUAAUAAGCAAAUAUCAGAAACGGUGAUAAAGAUGCACAAUGGGGAUGCUUUGAUUUCGAUCAUUAGGCUUAUCAAAGAUAAGUCUCCACUAUCCCGACUGCUGGCAUGCAUGUGCCUGGCAAACAUUGGAAAGGCUUGUCCUGGUGGAUACGCACAAGAGGGUGAAGUACGAGCUACUAUGUUGGGCAUUCUGAUGAAGUUACUGGAAGAGGCUGGUCAAGCUGGAGAGGAUUCUCCAGGUGUAUUAGCUGAUUUGGUGGCGAACAACGAAGAGUUGCAGAAAGCUGCCGCUGAAAAAAAAGCAAUUGAAAAGCUCGCCGAGUUCUUACUUCGAGAGGAAGUUCCUUAUAAGCAGCUGGAGGGAGUUCUAUGGGGGCUUACAGAACUCUGUGCUAAACUUGAGGAGAGCAGACGGCAGCUUCUGGAGUUGAAGGUUGAAGGUUCUCUUGUUGCGGCAUUGCGACAUCCUUGUGAAGGGGUUAAGGUGGCCGCUUGUUCUUGUAUUGCGAGUCUUUCCCGCUCAGUCAAGAACCUGCGCACUAGCUUGGCAAGCGAACAAUUUGUACGGCCGCUGUUGCAACUUAUGAACGAUCCUUGUCCAGGAGUCCAGGGUGCAGCCUUGACUGUGGUGGGAAACAUAGUCCUUGAUUUCACUCCGCAAAAGUUGGUGUUUAUGCAAACUGAUGGGAUUGCCCAGCUCACGAAUCUGUCGCAAUCUAUGGAUCAUACCUUAAGGCGGAAUGCAGUUUUGGCCUUAAAGAAUUUACUCUUCAUGGCAGACGUCACGGUAAAGCGUCGAGUAAUGGCUGAGCUAACAGUUUCCACUUUGUGUGAUCUCAUUCGAGACCCUGAAGAGGAAGUGCAGGAGCAAGCAGUCUCUCUUGUACGGAAUCUUGUUCACGGAGAUCCAGAUUUUAUAGAACAAAUCUUCUCUGAUGGAAGUAUGUUAUUUCAGGCUGUAGAGAAGCAGCUCACCAAUCAUCGUCUAGAGGUAUCUGUGCAGGCCCUCUAUGUAAUGAACAACGUAGCAUGUGGAAGUGAGGUGCACAAGGAGGCUGUUCUGGCGUCAGUCCUUCGUUCUCGCUCAGGAAACAAAAGUUCCUGGCUAAUUUGUUUUCUGCAAGACAUGAGCAAUCCUCAGCUCAGAGUUGUUGCUGUGGUGUGCAUCAUCAACCUUUUGGACCCUGCUGGAGGUGAUAUUAGCUCACGUGUGAUGAGGCUACGGGAAGCAGGGGUGGAGGCCCAGCUACGCAAGAUGGUAGAUGAUUCAUGUCUGGACGUCAAAUAUCACGUGAAAUCAGCUUUGGAAUGCUUCACGCCUGCAACUGUUACCACCUCUUCGGGACGCUGAUCUGCAGUUAUGAAGGAAGCGCUUAUUUUUGCUGACGGAACCUCCAGCAUCCCCCUUCGCAUGAUUUCAGUACGAAAUGUAGUGGGUGGUUCGCCUCCUGGGUUUUCGGUGUGUGCAGUCGAGAUAUGGGUUUUUUCCCCCAAGUAACCCAGGCCCUAAGUUCUUGCUAGUGCUUGUAAUGGGAAUUUUUAAGGAAGCCCAUCUAUAUAUCUGAUGCCAUGACCAAAAAAUUAGUAUCUUGAUGUACAUAUUAAGCUGCAGAGGGAACUACCCAGCUUCAAAAUAUGACCAUGGUGGUGAAGUCUUGAAGCGGCAUCAGAUAUCGGUUUUUAGUGUCUGAGGUCGGUUUUAGUGACUGAGUGAAGCAGCCGCCUUCCAGAUAGUGUUGUAUAGUAGCUGUCUGAGCUUGGCUUGUCUGCGGCGUAGGAUUUAGAGGCAUUGUAGCUUAUCGUUGGGUUUGGCUGUAUCACUUGGUCCCGUUUAGUUCUAUCAUUAUUGUCGAAGAUAAGUCUCUAAGCAUGUGCUUUGGGCUUUUGGUAUCAAUUAUUUCAGUGAGAAUUAGGAUUCUGUAUGACCCGAUGCAUUUCAAAGCCCAAUGCAUCUAUUUGUGUCCAGGUUUGUAUUUUACAAAAACCCGUGUUGAAUCCGGGAUUCAUUAUUGAA